UUCUAUCCCCUCUCACACCCCAGAGCUCCUCCAAGCCGGGCUACCUCUAUAGAAGUCGAACUUCGUUGCUUCCCUCUUUGAUAUCAAAUUGAAGCCCGUCCGUCCCAGUCCUCAAAACCCCAACGCCGCCCUCAGCAUGGCCACCGCGAAUAUCUCGCAUGAGUUGCCGCCGCUCCCUGACUACACCCUUCGCCCGCUACCACCGCUGGUAUCCUGGUUGCCCGACAGCUACCUGGUGCUUUUGCUGAUCGUGGUGGCCUAUUGGGUCGUGUCGCUCAUCUUCCACGUCUUCGAUGUGUACGACUUGUUCCCCCAGUACCGUCUCCACACCCCGGCCGAAGUUUUGAAGCGCAACCACGUAACGCGGUGGGAAGUGUUUCGCGACGUCGUAAUCCAGCAGAUAAUUCAGACUCUCUUUGGAUUCAUACUGGCGCUGAUCGACGAGGAGCCCAUGUGCGGCAAGGAGGAGUAUGAUGUGGCCUGGUACGCACAGAAGAUCCGACUAGCCCAACGAGCGAUUCCCCCUCUUCUGGCAUCGAUUGGACUCAACUCGGGCGCAUUGGCGACAAAAUUAUCGGCCACGCAGCCAAUGCUUGCUGCUGCGCUCUCCGGAGGAAAUUAUCCGUGGCUGGUCAAGAUGGCAACGGUUGCCGGCCAACACACUCUGGCCCCUGCUUUUGCGCCCUGGGAGCUGCGCACUGCGAGAAUUCUGUACUCGUUCGCCAUUCCCGCACUGCAAUUCUUGUUCGCCAUGUUGGUGGUGGAUACCUGGCAGUACUGCCUGCAUCGCGCGAUGCACCAGAACAAGUGGUUGUAUGCAACCUUCCACUCCCGCCAUCACCGCCUUUAUGUGCCCUAUGCUUAUGGAGCUCUGUACAACCAUCCCUUCGAGGGCUUCCUCUUGGAUACUCUUGGCACCGGCCUCGCGUACCUGGCUUCUGGUAUGACUGUCAGGCAAUCUAUGUGGUUUUUUACCUGUGCCACCGUCAAGACGGUUGAUGAUCAUUGCGGCUACUCGCUUCCUUUCGAUCCCAUGCAGCUCCUUACAUCCAACAAUGCUGGUUACCAUGAUAUCCAUCACCAGAGUUGGGGAAUCAAGACCAACUUCUCGCAGCCCUUCUUUACCUUUUGGGAUCGUUUCCUCAACACCAUGUGGAAUGGCGGUGAUGUAACCGCGCGUUAUGAGAAAAGCCGGCGCCAUGCGCAGCAGAAAGUCGACCGUGAAAACGCCGGCGACAUGAAAGAACUUUCCGCGGACAGCUUAACCCAAUCCUCCGCAUCAGAACUUGACGAAAGCUCGCGAGGUCAAUCCGUCUCAGUUCGACGAAGCACACGGAAGAAGUCCUCUAGCAUCUCGCAGUCAACUGCGGGAAAUUGGAAGGGCCUAAGAAACAAGGUUAAUGAAAGCCUUCACGGCAAAGGUGGAAAUGUCUUAGGUGUAGAAAGCAGCCAUUAGUACCAACUUGAGAAUUGUUGGAAGCAAAGGAUCUACUGGUUCUAAACAAUCGCUUCACCGCACGCCGAACGUAUGUAAUGUUUAGUCUUCAGGUGUAUACUUCCUAGGGAUAUCUUCGUUCUUUGUAUUAUUUUGUAUUCCCGCAGACACUUCAGGUAUUUCCCCGUUAAGGGUUCGAGCGAGACACCUUCGUAGUGUAUUUUAUUAUGACGUUGAAGUGCCUGGCGUUGCUGGACGGUUGGAUCACGAAACUCAAUCCAAAUUGUCGCUCGUUUGCUCAAUCUCUAUUAUGGACUAGAAGUUUCUAUAUAAUAUCUUUGCAAUUGUGAUAAACC